AUGAUGUCAAAGGCUUUUUCAUUCACACUUUUGAUCGUUUUAGUAUCUUCUUCCUCUUGUUUUGGCAAGCCCAGAAAGGUCCAUCCAUCUUCUAAGAAUUGCAAUAACAUCCAUUCUGGAAGUCCUAAAACUUCUGUCCUUAUAAACCGAUACAAGGACAAAUUUCCUAACUUCAGCCAGUCCAGUCAUUGUCAUGGUCAUGGUCAUGGUCAUGUUCAUUGUGCUAGGAGAAGGCCUCAACAAGCGAUAAUAAUCGAUGUAGACCAUUUUGGAGCCAAAGCUGAUGGAAAAACAGAUGCUUCUGAGGCAUUUAUGAAUGCUUGGGAGAGGGCCUGCAAGUCUUCGAAACAAAGUAUUUUUCUGGUGCCGAGACAUAAGACUUAUCAUAUCAGGAGAAUUAAUUUUACUGGUCCUUGUAAAUCUAGCAUGAAAAUGGAGAUUAAAGGAACCAUCAAAGCUUUUUCAGAGCUCUACAAUGACACUAAAAGAUUUUGGAUAAUGUUUCAUAAUUUAAGAAACUUUGAAGUUCGAGGUGGUGGAAUCAUAGAUGGCAAUGGAGAAAUAUGGUGGAACAAUUCUUGCAAAAUCAAAAAAACUCUGCCUUGCCAAAACCAGCAGGCGCCAGCGGCCAUGACCUUUGACAAUUGCAUGAAUUUGAAAGUGACCAAUCUACAUAUACAAAAUUCGCCGCAAAUGCAUCUGAUUUUUAAGGAUUGUGUGAAUGUUAAGGCUUCAUACCUUAAAGUGACAGCACCAGGAAAAAGCCCUAAUACUGAUGGAAUUCAUGUUACAAGAACACAAAAUGUUGAUAUUACAAUGUCUGAAAUUAAAACAGGUGACGACUGUAUUUCAAUUGUAAAUGGAUCUAAAACUAUUCGAGUUUUGGAUAUAGUAUGUGGACCAGGCCAUGGAAUCAGCAUUGGAAGCCUAGGCGAAAAUCGUUCAGAGAAUCAUGUUUCAGAUGUUUUAGUAAAUGGAGCCAGGCUUUCAGGAACUACAAACGGAGUUAGAAUAAAGACUUGGCAGGGAGGGAGUGGGUAUGCAAGGAACAUCGUAUUCCAAAAUAUUCAGAUGCAGAAUGUUUCCAAUCCCAUAAUCAUAGAUCAGAACUACUGUGAUAAAGCUGAACCGUGCCACCAGCAGAAAUCAGCAGUGCAAGUAAUGAAUGUGGUGUACAAGAAUAUACGAGGCACGAGUGCUUCAGAGCUGGCUAUAAAAUUCAACUGCAGUGAAACAGUUCCAUGCAGAGGACUGGUACUCGAAAAUGUUUAUUUAACCCGACAAGGGAAAGGAGAGGCUGAAGCUAAAUGCAGUAAUAUUAUUGGAUUAGAUAAUAUUGGGAGAUCUGUUUCUCCAAGUUGCCAUAAUUUCAGCAACUAA